GGAACAGACAUCUCUCCCUCCCUAUGGGAUGGUGUAAACCAGAACGAAGAUGAUCUUUUGCACUUGCUCGAAGAAACAACUCCAGUUAAAGCUUGUGCAGAUUUUGAUUACAAUGUUACUGAUAGUGGAGAGUGGAAUUCAGAAAACGUGAAGGGAUUGGAAGACUGCAGAGAGUCUUCACAAUUAAAAAGACGGCGGAUGCUACAGUUCAGCUCUCAUGCCACAGAUUCAUUACUUUGCAAUGAGCAGCUCCCAUCCACAUUUGUUACAUUGAAGGAGAGGGAGAACUCAUUGAUGGAGGAUCAAUUACCUGAAAAUAUGCAGUGGAUCCCGAGUUUUUCCGAUGAGGGAUGCACCACUAGCAAUGAGGGCCCUGAUCCAUCACCAGAGGGUUGGUUGGUAAAUUGCUUUAAUGACAACGAGAUGCAUGCGAGCUCUGAAGAAAUGAAUUUCUCUGGGGUGUCUGAUGAUCAAGUUGACAUUUCAGAAUUCUGCAACAUACCACCUGAAAUGGAAUCGGACGUGAUACAAGAGUCUGUCACCCCAACUCCUCGUAGUCUUUUCAAAGUCAUAUCUGCUAGGAAAGCUUUCAUGCGAACUCCAACAAAAUUGGCUACUCCUGUUGCCUAUCCGUUUGCCCUUGUCAAACCUUGUGGAGUGCAAGGAGACGUAACUUUAAAGGACAUAAAUCAGCGCAUCCGAACCCCACCACCAUCAAGGUCGAAGCACUUGAAGGAUGAGGAUGCUUCGCCUUCGUAUCCCACUUCGGCCUUUUCUGGGAAGCCUGUGGUAAUUAAAACUAAAAUCUUCACUGAAGGGGGAAAGGGUAGCAUUACAAUCACGAGAACCAAAGGCUGAGUGGAUAAGUUCUCCUCUUGUGGGUGGUCUCUCUCUCCUCUCUCAUGUACAUCUUUUUGGUCUUGAGCUAGAUUACAAGGGCGUCCCAUCACUUCUUACGUGGUGACGACUCAUCCACCAUACAAGUGGCACUCGUGUACGGAAAUCUAGACUCUGCAAAUUGUGGGUCCUGUUGCAGAUGGAAAAUACUUCAAGAAUUACACUUACUGGAUGAUGUUAACCAUCCAAUUGGUGGGCAUGAAAUGGACAGUUAAAAAGAAAAUUGUCAGUGGUCCAAAUCAAUGGUUGAUGUGGAUUGUUAAGAUCGUCUUAUCAGUGUGGUUUUCAUGGUAUGCAACAUCCAUAGUGGGGACCAUAAUUUGGGGUCUGGAUCGAAUUGCACGUACGAUAUUUUGCUAAAUGCACGGUGGAUGAGUCACCACCAUUCAAAAUGAAUGGUGGAAAAUGCACAUAGUAGUCUAGUCCUUUGAGUUGUGAAAGUUCUGCAGCAUGAUAGGUUGUGGCCAGCUAGUAUGGAACUUCAAUCCUGUUGUGUAGGAUCCCCAUGCAAUGUUGGGGUUGUUGGUAGGAAUUGCUUAUGGAAUUCCUUCAUUUCAAAUGUUUAUGUUCUCUGAUGGUUUUCUAAACGAUGCAAAGCUUAUGUUUUUAAUACAUUUUAUGACCAAGAGGAUCUUAACGUGUUAGAUCCUCCUUUGGGCUUUGUUUCAAGGAUUCACUCUUCACAUGUGAAAGUCCUUUGGACUAGUUAUUGCAAUUUAAUUCAAUGCUGCAUCCAAACACAA